ACAACCUGUCUACCAUUAGGCAGUAGCGUCAAGGGUGCAGUAGAGAGCCAGUCAAAGGGGAGGAGGGCUCCUACACCUUCCUCUCCUCAUGACACAUCAGCACUUGGCUCAAGGAGGCUCCAUACCAAAUCCACAAUCCCAGCCUUGAAUCCCAGUUACAGCAGACCGAGGAGGGGUGGGCAGUUACUGUAUCUAAGGCUCUCUGCAGACCCAUGUGCUUGGUUGAAUCAUGGAGCUGCCUUGUCUUCCUUCUGAGACCCCCACCACAGCUAGCUCCUGCUCCACGGACCCCCUGUACGACAACUGCCCACCUUUUGCCCAGCGAGGGAGGGCCAGGGAAAAGGAAAUGGAGAGUAAGGUUGUGUGCCCGGCUGUAACCAGACUCCCAGGCCCCUGCAGCCCUCUGCCCGCUCUGGCCCCAGCUGUGGCUGAGGUUCCCACACUGGUCGGUGGGGGAAGAGGGCCUGGCGCCUGGCCAGAUCACAGCUACUGCAGCUGGAGAGGAGGCCAAGGGAGACAGGCCUGGGAAGCAGAGCUGGGUCCAGGCAUAAACAGAGCAAGAGGAGGAGAGAGAGGAGGAGAACAGGGAGGUAGUGGGGGAGUUGAGAACAGAGCUCAUCUGAACCAGAGUCCCAAUACAUCAGAGAGUGAGCAGCACAGGAGUGCUCUGUCUCUUUAUGAUAACCUCCCUGACGCUGUCACCCCCGACAGCCUCCAGGAGGUCUUUCAAAUGGAAACAGGUUUCCAGGAGCAUGUGCAGGAACAGAUGUAUCAGGCAUGGGCCCCUGAACAGAUCCAGGGACUGAUGGAGGGUGAUGGAGUGAGUGAAGAGAGGAGCCCCUGGUCGUCCUGUGAGAUCAUCCUCGCUGAAAGCCGUUCCAGUAACAGGGACCAGAAUUCAGACCAAGACAAGAAGCACGAACAGGAGCCAGAGCUGGACUCAGGAUCCUGUGGAUUUAAGCAGGAGGACCGGAUGCUGCAUCUCCAGUUCCCUAUGUCAGCUCACGUCCUUACAGCAAGUUCCCCUCAGCUAUGCCCAACUGAGUGUCAGGCCAUGUGGCCCCCUGCUGAAGCUCAGCACCCAGAGCAGCCUUCCUGGUCUCCCAGGGUGCCCCCUCCUGUACCCCUGGCUGACCCCUCUGCCAGCGCCCUGCGCAGCCUCCUCACCAGCCUCCAACAGCAGAUAAUGCGACAAAGGGAGGAGUAUGAGGAAAGGAUAAUCAGCCUAGAGCAGAGAAAUGAAGAGCUGCAGGUAGAGGUUGUGCGGUUGAAAACAAACCUCGCACAGCAGCGGCACUGGUACCAAACUAUCCAGGCUAAGAUCGUGGAGUCUGAAAGGGCCCGUGGUGCCGCAGAAAAACGCAAUGCAACACUGCAAAGAGAGAUGGAGCAGUUCUUUGACACCUUCGGAGAGCUGAACAAUGAGGCCAAGAAGACAGAACAUAUUGUCAAGAGCUUUUGAAGAAGAGUCUGUUCGGUGUGUGAUGACAUGAAUGUGUAGGAAAGAAAUGCACAGUACCUUGUAUAGUAGUUUGUCUCUGCCUAGCCAGAACAUUUUUGUCUCUCUCUGGGAGGGAUUAGAGUGAUGUACAGCUAUUUCUUCACUGAAAGGAAAUGAAUCACUGAUGUCCACUUUAUUAGUUGCGUAAGGGCAAAGAUGCUGGCCAAGUGAUAAUAUUGUGGUCAUUGCAAUCACACAGGACAUCUCUGAAAAUAAAAGGAGAAACAAACUGAACAAAAGUGUGAGAUGUACAGUGUAUACAAUGGAGCUUUUUUUUUUUUUUUUUUUUUUUAAACAUGGUAAA